ACCCUCCCUCUCCCAUCGCCCAAUCCCGCCCAGACAGCUCCCGAGCCCGAGGCGCGCGCGAACGCAGCCGCCGCCCCCACCGCCCCCACCAUGCCGAGCCAGCAGAUCCCGGCCACGCCGGUCGGCGGCAUCACCUCCCGCCGCCACGCCAAGCUCCUGCUCCACCUCGUCGAAGGGGACGGGGGUGCCGCCGCCGGCGGCGGCGCGUCCGUCAAGGACCUCCGCCUCCGCCGCGUCGUCCCUCCCGCGUCCGCGACGCUCGACGUCUCCCCCGAGUGCGCCGCCGCCGCCGCCAAGCCCGGAUCCGUCCAGAUCCAGAGCACCCCGCCGGAGCCGGCGGCGGCGGCCGAAGACCGCGAGAGGAAGCCGAUCCUGCCGCGGUCCAAGCUCGUGCGCGACCCGGGCUCCUUCGGCUACCGGAGGCUGCUCCCUUUCCUCAACCAGAUGGCCAACAAAGGUUCAGAUAUCUCAAGCGUCAAGGACAUGCCCUCGGAAAACAAGGUUCCCAUCCCAAACAAGGAGCUCAGCAGAUCUGACUCUGGGUUGGCUGAUGAGAUGCCUCCUGUGGUUGGGAGUCAAGGCGGAGCUGCUCCUGUGGGUUCCGUGGAGCCGCCUGUUGUGAAGGAUGGAACAGACAGUGAGAUCUGUGACAGUGUCAAAGAAGAAACCAAGGUUGUCGUCCCUGUUGAUCUCGCAAGCAGCAAGCCCUCUCUUGCCCGCUGCACGAGGUCAAAGUUUGUUCAUCACCCGAGCUCAUUCAGCUACAAGAGGAUGCUGCCAUUUCUCAUGGAGAACGACAUCUCCUCUCAGGAAGGAGACAGGGCCAAGUUCAGAAGAUUGUCUGAAGAGAAACAAAUUACAUCUGACCAGAAUGAUGUCCAGGCCAGUGGACAGAUCCAGCCUGCCACUGUAGAAGUUUCUCUGGAUGCCAGUGCAGCUGAAGUGCAGAAAGCCACACAAGGAGAAGAGCUAGCUUCAGUUGGAGACCCAUUGUCUUCAGAGAAGGGUGCAUUAGCAUCAGAUGCUGUCCCAGCCGGUGGACAGCGCCAGCCUCCUGUUUCAGAAGACACUCCUGAUGAAGGAAAUGUAGCUGAAGUUGAAAGCACCGUGGAAGAGAAGGCGUCAAAAUCAGAUGAGAAGCCUGUUCCUAUGGAUUCUGUAGAGCCACCUGUUGUGAAGGCUGAAGGAACUCAGGAGGUGAAGGAUUGCUGUGACAGUGCCAAAGAGGAAACCAAGAUUGUACCUGGUGAUCUUGCAAGCAGCAAGCCGUCCAUUCCCCGCUGCAUGAGGUCAAAGUUUGUUCCCCAUCGAAGCUCAUUUAGUUACAAGAGGAUGCUGCCAUUUCUCAUGCAGAAUGAAACCUCUUCUCAGAAAGAAGACAUGGCCAAACUUCAAACAGUCUCGGAAGAGAAGCAAUUAGCAUUGCCUGAAAAUGAUGUGUUGGCUAGUGGAAAUCAUCUUUCUGUCUCAGAAGGCUCUCCUGAAGCAUGCUACCAAGCUGAACUUGACAGAAUUGUAGAAGAAAUAUCAUUUAUACCAGAUGAGAACUAUCUUUUGAAGGGUGUACAGCUUCAGUCUGUUGUUCCAGUUACAGAAGUCUCUCUGGAUGUCAGUACAGCUGAAAUGCAGAAAGUCACACAAGAAGUGUUGGCUUCAGAUGGAGACCUAUUAUCCCCAGACAAGGGUGAGCUAACAUUGGAGAGGAAUGAUGUCCUAGCUGGUGGUCAGUGUCAGCUUGCUGUCUCAGACGGCUCUGCUAAGGAAAGUGAUGUAGCUGAAGCUGAGAGGAUAGUUGAAGAAAAGGCAACAAAAUCAGAUGAGAAUUCUGUACUUAAUGGCAAAGAUAUCCAGUCUGCUGUCUCUGAAGUAUCUCCUGAGGAUGGCGAUACAGAUGAAAUGAAAGAGGUAACAGAGAAACCAGCAUUGACUGCAGAUGGAGAUGAGUCAAGUGGAUUAGCAGCAGACAAGGGUGAGUUUCUGAUGAAAGAUCAGCCUCAGGCAUGUGGCUCAAAGGAGUUACAAUGCAAUGCUGAUCUUGCUGUAGCACAACAAUGCCAGAGCCCAGAGUCAGGAUGUUCUAUCAAGACAGUAAUGGUGGAUGGUGGAGCUGAUCCACAUGGCGCACCAGAGAGACAUGAUUCUGUGGCUUCUCUUGGUGGCCUACUGCUUGAUGUGGGAAUGAUCAGCAAGCCUUCUGAACCUUCUAUUGGCUCACCCUUAUCAGCAGAGGGAAUGUCUGGUUGUGUUGCACAUGCUGAAUCAGGGUUGAGUAAAGUGGGCACACCGUCUCCAUUGGGUUCUCCUUGUUUGGAACAACAACGCCUUUCUCCGAAGAUACCCUCCCCUAGCAGUGGCGCUUUCAGCGGCGCCUCUUUUCUGAAGAAACGGGGCUUUUCUCCGAAGAAACUUUCUCCAAAGAAGGGAAUACUUAAGAGGCAUACAAUGGGGUGCAGGGGCAUCUGCAUGUGCUUGGACUGCAGCGUAUUUCGUCUACAUGCUGAUAGAGCUUUUGAGUUCUCUAGGAAGCAAAUGCAAGAGGCAGAUGAUAUAAUAGUGAACUUACUGGAGGAGGUGGCAAGUCUUAGGAGUCUGGCGGAGAAAUCUUCUGGCCAACAGGAGCAGAUGGAAGCUUGCCAGAGGGCGUUGCGGGUAGAGGAGGUGGCCAAGGAGCGCCGGCAGCAGAUGCUGGCUGAGCUCAACUCUCACUGCAAAAUUCCUGGCCCAAGGGUGAAAUUCGCUCAGUACGUCGAGGGAAAGAUGGCCUCUUCUCCUUCCAGCAGCAGCAGCAGGAGGCAAUAACCCCAUUUGCGAAGACGCCGGUGACCGACCGGUGAUUGAUUCCCUGCCGGAUGUUUGUGGUAGCGCUGAAUUUUGUGGGAAUUCAGCGCAGCUCAAUGCAAAUUAUGCAAUUGUUGUCUCAUGAUUAAAUUAUGUAGAGAGGUGGAAGCUCUGUUGGUUCCACUCAAGGAAGAAGGAACAAAAGCUGGUUGUGAUGUGUCUGUUGCAUGUAAAUCAAAGUUUUUUUUAAAUCAAAGCUGUGAAACUUGAACAUGCCAA